GUGAGAAGCGGACAGAAGUUGAGCUGUAUCUCAGAAGAAAGAAAAAAAAAACGUCCAGUUUGUCCCGGUUUACAUUCCGGGGACCGACGGUGGGAACGGGCCCGGACGUGCUGACGGCGGCGGCGGCAGACAGGUAGCUAUGGGCUCCAUGUUUCGCAGUGAGGAGGUUUGCCUGGUGCAGCUCUUCCUUCAGUCCGGCUCGGCCUACAACUGUGUCAGCGAGCUGGGAGAGCUGGGCCUGGUGGAGUUCAGAGACUUAAACCCGAAUGUGAACGCUUUCCAGAGGAAGUUUGUCAGUGAGGUCAGACGAUGUGAGGAGCUUGAGAAAACCUUUACCUUCCUGGAACAGGAGAUCAGUCGCUCCCUCUCUCCGCCCCUGCGGUGCCCCCUCCCUCCUCCGUGCCCCACCCCUUCGGCCCCUCAGCCCCGCGAGCUCAUCACCAUCGAGGAGGAGAGCGAGAGGCUGGCCCGGGAGCUCAAGGAGGUGUCCAGGAACAGAGACAGCCUUCGGGCUCAGCUGACACAACUCUGCCAGUACCAAGGAGUCCUGACGCAAACCCACUCGCUCACAGUCUCACAUGCGCCUCCGCCUGCGCUAGAAAACCAAGGCCUGUUUGAUAAUCGCCAAGAUGUCCACCUCAGCUUUGUGGCCGGAGUGGUCCACCCCUGGAAGGUCCCCUCGUUUGAACGCUUGUUGUGGCGGGCCUGUCGCGGUUUUAUUAUCGUGGACUUCAGAGAAAUGGAGGACAGACUGGUGCAUCCGGACACGGGGGAAAUGGUGCAGUGGACAGUGUUUCUCAUCUCAUACUGGGGAGAUCAGAUCGGACAAAAAGUCAAGAAAAUAUGCGAUUGCUUCCACACUCAGACGUUUGCAUACCCUGAGAGCAGUGCUGAGAGAGAGGAGAUUCUCCAGGGCCUUCAGGGAAGAAUCGAGGACAUCAAAUCGGUGCUGGCACAGACCGAGAGCUUCCUGCAGCAGCUGCUGGUGAAAGCCGUCGCCGUCCUCCCUCAGUGGAAGGUGCGAGUGCAGAAAUGCAAGGCGAUCCAGAUGGUGCUGAACCUCUGCAGCCCUUCAGUCACCGAUAAGUGUCUGAUCGCGGAGGCAUGGUGUCCCACCGCCAAGCUGCCCGAGCUGCAGAGCGCGCUGAGAGAGGGAGGGAGAAAGAGCGGCAGUGGGGUCGACUCGUUCUACAACCGCCUGCCGUCCUCCACCCCUCCCCCGACUCUGUUUCCCAUCAACUCCUUCACUGCAGGUUUCCAGAACAUUGUUGAUGCUUACGGCGUGGCCAGCUACCGCGAAGUCAAUCCAGCGGUGUACACCAUCAUCACGUUCCCCUUCCUCUUCGCCGUGAUGUUCGGGGAUGUGGGUCACGGUUUGCUGAUGACCCUGGCUGCUCUCUGGAUGGUCCUGGAGGAGAAGGACCCCAAACUCAAGAAUAACACCAAUGAGAUCUGGAGGAUGAUGUUUGGAGGGAGAUACCUGAUCCUGCUGAUGGGCCUUUUCUCCAUUUACACGGGGGCCAUCUACAACGAGUGCUUCAGCCGAGGCCUCGCGACGUUCAGCUCGUCCUGGCACGUCGGCCCCAUGUUCGAGAAAAACAUUUGGAAUUCCUCGGUGCUGGCAGAGUACCCGUUCCUCUCGAUGGAUCCUGUGGUGCCUGGGGUUUUCACCAACGCCUAUCCUUUUGGCAUUGAUCCGAUCUGGGGCCUGGCCAACAACAAGCUGACCUUCCUGAACUCCUACAAGAUGAAGAUGUCCGUCAUCAUCGGUAUUUUUCACAUGACGUUUGGAGUCUGCUUGUCGUUCUUCAACUACUGGCACUUCGGUAAGAUCAGCAGCGUGUUCUUCGUGCUGAUCCCAGAGCUCUGCUUCAUGGUGUUUCUGUUCGGCUACCUCGUCUUCAUGGUGGUCUUCAAGUGGAUCGCUUACACUCCUGCUCAGUCCAAGAGUGCUCCCAGUAUCCUGAUCCACUUCAUCGACAUGUUCCUCUUCACGGAGAACGCCGAAAACCCGCCGCUCUAUCAGGGACAGAUUGUGGUGCAGAAGGUCCUGGUGGUGCUGGCUCUGUGCUCGGUCCCCGUCCUCCUGCUUGGGAAACCCACAUGUGAAUAUUUCAAGUUCACAAGAAGACGGCGUCGUGUACGCCUUGAGGACGACCGGCGCCCGCUGAUGGGUGACAGCGGCUCCAUCAACACCCGUCAGGGGGAGGUGGAAGGAGGAGCCGCAGACGAGGAGGAGUUUGACACUGCGGACGUGUUCAUGCACCAAGCCAUCCACACCAUCGAGUACUGCCUGGGAUGCAUCUCCAACACGGCGUCUUACCUCCGGCUCUGGGCUCUCAGUCUGGCUCACGCACAGCUGUCGGAGGUGCUGUGGGUGAUGGUCAUGCGCAUUGCUCUGAAGUGGCAGGGCUACGUGGGCUCCGCCGUGCUCUUUGUGAUUUUUGCCUUUUUUGCCACGCUGACCGUCGCCAUCCUGCUGGUGAUGGAGGGACUGUCGGCCUUCCUGCACGCGCUGCGUCUGCACUGGGUGGAGUUUCAGAAUAAGUUCUACAGUGGAACCGGCUACAAGUUCAGCCCCUUCUCCUUCUCGGCUCUCAUCAAUGCCCCAGCUGUUAUAUGAUCGGCUGCCAAGCGGUUUAGUUAACGUGUGUUUCUGUCUUAAUAAUGGUAUUCUGUUGCCUGUAGGCAAUGAAAUGGUUUAAUUAACUUGCACAAUAAUCAUCAUGAAUGAUUGACUGUUAUUUCUGCAUUGGUGGAAGUAGUCCUAUAAUGAAUCGCGACUACAUUAUAUCAAAUAGAAAAGAAAUAUACUUUUGUAUCCCCCAUGCAAUUUUUUUAUGCCUUUAUGUACUCCUUCCUAAUUACUCGUUCAGCAGCUCAAACAAUGGUGAUUAUUUGCAUUUCAUUGUGUUCUUAAAUAAUGAAGGCACCCGUUACGAAAAGGGAAGGUGGAUCUGUCCUGCUGUUUAAGGGAAUGUCUUAUCUCUCACUUCAGCUUGUAAGAUCAAAAAUAAAUGACAACAGGGAAUGAUUCAAAAGACUUUCGCAAGCCAAAGAUACUUCCCCUCAUUGUCACGUCUUCCAAACUCACUACACAGCAGGUAUUUAUUGAUUGAUCCAUUUUGUACGUGCCUUACUGAGAUUCUCUGUUUAUGCAGCUUUUCUGUUCGACGGAUACUCUUUCCUAUCAUCAUGCCACAGUUUUUCUUUUUUAAUUUCUGCCUCUUUACACUGUACAAAUGAUCAAAUACGAGUUGGAAUUAAAUAGGACUCAUCGCGCUGGGAUUUUAUUAUGUGAAGUUACUGAACCAGUAAUUUCUCUUUUCACACAUAUAUGCAUGUCAAUACUAAAAAAAAAAGAAAUCUGAACAGAAGCUUAAAGGUUUUUAAUUUUCUCAACAGGCAGUGUCAGCGGUUGCCACAUGUGCUCAUGCC